GACACUAAAAUGAGAAUUAAGAAUGAAACAUUUGUAACAGAAUUUGUUCUUACUGGUCUCACCGCCAACCCAAACUUUCAGCUUCCUCUGUUCCUCGUCUUCUUGUUAGUCUACAUGGUAACUGUCCUAGGUAAUCUUAUGAUCAUUGUAUUGAUUACAAUAACUCCAGGAUUGCAAACACCAAUGUACUUCUUCCUUAUGAACUUAUCCUUUGUAGAUGUCCUUUAUUCAUCAACUAUAACACCCAACAUUAUGGCCAACUUGUUCUCUGCCAAGAAGACAAUCUCCAUUACUGGUUGUGCAAUUCAAAUGUUCUUCUUCAUUGACCUGGUGAGCACAGAAGGGAUGAUACUUGCAGUGAUGGCCUAUGAUCGAUAUGUAGCUAUAUGUAAACCUCUGUACUAUGCAGUCCUUGUUAACAAAGUGACAUGCAUUCACAUUAUUUGCUCAGUAUACAUUGCAGGAUGUCUUAACUCAUUAAUUCACACAAGUGCUGCAUUUAGUCUACCGUUCUGUCGGUCUAAUCAGAUCAACCAUUUUUUCUGUGAUUUUAACCCUAUAUUGAAACUUUCUUGCAAAGAUACAUAUCUUAAUGAGAUGCUUGAAUAUAUUGUUGCUGGUUCUAUUGAAGUAGGUUCUUUCUUCUGUAUAGUAAUAUCAUACACAUACAUUAUCCUUGCCUUGUUUAAGAUAGGGUCUUCAAGAAGUAGGAUUAAGUCAUUAUCCACUUGUGUCUCUCACUUUACAUGUGUAGCCUUAUUCUACUGUCCAGUUUUCUUUAUGUACUUACGACCAAAUUCUGCCUAUGCCGGGGAUCAGGACUCGAUUGUGUCAGUGUUCUAUACAGUGAUAAUACCGAUGUUAAAUCCCAUGAUCUAUAGCUUAAGAAAUCAAGAUGUAAAAAAAGCUCUGAUAAGUGAACUUCUUGAAAUUUUCUUCCUGUCCAGAAAAUGUUUCAAUAAGUUCUGUUCAGACAUGAAUUGA